AUGGCUUUUAUGAUGCCAUUGAUGAAAAAACAGUACGGAGAUUUGUACAAAACAAGUCGUUCGCGUAAUCCGUCUGAAUCGAAUAAUUCGAAUCCAUGUCGAUCACGAAAAGUAUCUGAAACGCGUUCCGAGUGUUUAUCAACAUCGCCGAGUACAAUGGAUUACGGAGUGCAUCGCAGCUACAUGAAUCGCAAUAGUUCACGUGCAUUUUUACGUACAUCAUCGCGCACAUCGCAGAGUUCGCUCACAAGCCCCACAAAGAACUGCAGCCCACCAAAACCGUCGGCUGAAGGCAGUCAAGGCAGCCUCAAUAAGUUUGACAAGUUUCAUAUGCGGCUGGUGGACAAAUUGCGUAAAUCGUUUGGUAAAGGACGAACAGAAGACAGGUCCUGA